CUCGCCAGCCUCCUGCCUGCGCUGCCAGCCAGCCAGCCGCGCUCCUCUCUUCCCCGGCGUGCGCCCUGGUGCGCCCAUGCUCCGCGCUCUCCGGCGGGGACCCCGCAGCCCCCUAUGACCCUGCGCGGGCUCCGGCGGAGACAGCAAGGCGGCGGGGGCCCAGGAGGAGCAGGCGGCAGCGGCCGACCCCCUUCCGCCGCCCCGGCCUGCCCCCUCUGCCGCCGCCGCCGCCGGCCCCCCAAGAUGAUCCCCUACUUCUCCGACGACGCCGUCAUCUCCCAGAACGCCAUCAACCAGCUCAUCAGCGAAAGUUUUCUCACGGUAAAAGGUGCCGCCCUCUUCCUCCCGCGUGGAAAUGGAUCCUCGACCCCCAGGAUCAGCCACCGGCGCAACAAGCAUGCAGGUGACCUCCAGCAACACCUCCAAGCAAUGUUCAUGCUGCUCCGUCCAGAGGACAACAUCAGGCUGGCUGUGAGACUGGAAAGCACAUACCAGAACCGGACUCGAUACAUGGUGGUGGUCUCAACUAAUGGUCGGCAGGACACCGAGGAAAGCAUCGUCCUGGGAAUGGACUUCUCUUGCAACGACAGCAGUGUUUGCACAAUGGGGCUGGUCCUGCCACUCUGGAGCGAUGCCUUGAUUCAUCUGGAUGGCGAUGGGGGCUUCAGCGUCUCGACAGACAACCGGGUGCACAUCUUUAAGCCUGUCUCUGUGCAAGCCAUGUGGUCUGCCCUGCAGAGUCUCCACAAGGCCUGCGAAGUGGCUCGCAUCAACAACUACUACCCGGGGAGCCUUUUCCUCACGUGGGUCAGCUACUAUGAGAGCCACAUCAACUCGGACCAGUCCUCCGUCAACGAAUGGAACGCCAUGCAAGAUGUCCAGUCCCACCGACCCGAUUCGCCUGCCCUCUUCACGGACGUCCCGACAGAACGGGAACGCACAGAACGUCUCAUAAAGACCAAGCUGAGGGAAAUCAUGAUGCAGAAAGAUUUGGAGAACAUCACGUCCAAGGAGAUCCGCACGGAGCUGGAGAUGCAGAUGGCCUGCAACUUGCGGGAGUUUAAGGAGUUCAUUGAUAACGAGAUGAUCGUCAUCUUGGGCCAGAUGGACAGCCCCACACAGAUCUUUGACCACGUCUUCCUGGGUUCAGAGUGGAAUGCCUCCAAUCUGGAAGAUCUGCAGAAUAGAGGGGUGCGGUACAUUCUGAACGUCACCCGAGAAAUCGACAACUUCUUCCCUGGCGUCUUUGAGUACCACAACAUCCGUGUUUACGACGAGGAGGCAACAGAUCUCCUGGCUUACUGGAACGACACCUACAAAUUCAUCUCCAAAGCAAAGAAGAACGGAUCCAAGUGCCUGGUUCACUGCAAGAUGGGGGUCAGCCGGUCAGCCUCCACGGUGAUUGCCUACGCCAUGAAGGAGUACGGCUGGAACCUCGACCGGGCCUACGACUACGUGAAGGAGCGCCGGACCGUCACCAAGCCCAACCCCAGCUUCAUGCGGCAGCUAGAGGAGUAUCAGGGCAUCCUCCUGGCCAGUAAGCAGCGGCACAACAAGCUGUGGCGCUCGCACUCCGACAGCGACCUCUCCGACCACCACGAGCCCAUGGGCAAGUCCGGGAUGGAGGUGAGCAAGAAGGAGAUCACCACGUCGGCGGACCAGAUCUCGGAGAGCAAGACCUCCUGCGGCCACCACCACGUGCCCAUGUCUCCUGGGCCCAUGACCACCGGUCCGCACACGGAACAUUUGUGCCAUCUGGGCGCCGAUGCCGCCGGGAACUUGUGCAGCAUCGAGCGGGUGGUGCAGCUGGAGAUCACCACGAGAGACUUCAAUACUGAGCAGAUGGAGGACAAGCUGAACUUGAACAACAUCAACGGGUGCUCCUCCGGCUGCUGCUUGGACGACUCAAAGUUCCCCCUGGAUAAUUGCAAUGCCUCGGAUGCCCUGCUGCAGCAGCGAGAGGCCUUGGGGGCAGCGGCAGAGUUCCCGGACUUGGCAGUGGACGACUUGGAGAAGGACGCCCUCAAGCAAGGAGACGGGAACAUCCACCUGGUGCCCAUGGAAGAGCUGGAGUCUUGCUUGCAGGAUGUCUCCAACCACAACUCGCCCAGCCCCCCUCCUGUGACCUCCUUGCCGGAGGACUUUGGCGCCGACCGGAUCGACUUCUUCAGCGCCUUGGAGAAGUUUGUGGAGCUCUCUCAGGACAGCCGGCCACGGACUUGUUCCCACUCCAGGACGGAGGAUCAGGGGGGCGGGAGGAACGGUCUCUCCAAAGUGUCGGGGCUGGAGCUGUCGCCCUCCAACCCCACAGAAGAUGCUCAAGGAAGCAACUCCUCAGACAACUCACCGCAGCCGUCCGAGGGGUCCUCGGUGGAGGAGGAGCGGCUGAAGCUCUCUGAACCGAGCCGUUCAGGCAGCCUGACUCGUUCUCACUCUGAAAACGCCAUCUCUGUGAAAGACAUCAUCACCGAGAUCGAAUCGAUCCGCCAGGGGGCAGGGCAGGGACAGGCGAAGACGGACGCCUUGAACAAUCCAGUCCUGGUGUCGAAGAGAAACACGGUCCAUGAGCUCCCUGCCGAGUCAGCCUGGGAAAGCAAGCCUCGAAAAGCCGAGCCGGGCGAAGGCAGUGGCUCGGUCCUGAAGGAGGCGGCUAGCGAGCCUUCGAAACCGGAACGAGAAGCCGCUUCAGCCCAGCCGGUGCCUUCUUGUAAGCUGGAUGUAGAAGACGGCGGCAACUCGGGAGAAGACUCUGCGGAGGGCCUUUCGAACCCUGGGCCCAAAUGGUGUCCUGGAUCGGUACGGCGUGCCACCCUGGAGUUUGAGGAGCGCCUGCGGCAAGAGCAGGAGCUGCAACACUCUACACCUGUGGUCCUGCUACCCAUCCGGAAGAACUCCAGGAUCGAAUCCUCAGCGGUGGCUGACCCCGCGGCGAAGGGGAAGCCCGAAGAGCCAUCUCACGAGCCGGCCCAGUUGUCUGGGGAGAAGGUAGCCUCAAGAGCUGGGGGCGCAGAGACUGGGGCUGGUUUGGAACAGCCCCCCGAAAUGCCACCGGCGUCUUCUCCCCCACGAGAUGGCCUGUUGGGAGAGCUGGAGGGGUUGGCCAGAGAGCACCGCUUGGUGGUUUCUCUGGAAAUCCCGGACAGCCUCCCUGCCCCUGGCCUUCUGCUUCCGAAAAGGAUUGAAAUUAUAGAGUACACCCACGCGGUCAGGUUGCCCAGCCCCACUGGGCUGGAAAGGGGCCACACGCGAGAUGACUCGGAGGAAACCAAGGUGGCCACCACCUCGUUGGCGGUGGACGAAAACUGCAACGCUGCUUUGUGUUCCCAGAAUCCCCCGGGAGCCUUGCCCAAGCCGGGGCCUUCCGAGCCAGAGAUAAGCAGCGGCACAACAAGCUGUGGCGCUCGCAUCCGAAAAUCAGUUGUGGCGAAAACAAAGUCAAGUGAGUCAACACUGGCAAUUUGCAUAAUACAUGGAGGCCCCUUCAUUCUUUGGGACAGAACUCUGGUUGUUUGGGGAGACCAGGAGAGCCGAUUGCGGGCUAACCCCAUCUCAAACGCAGCGCUUCCCUCCUCUCUCGCGAACUCUCCCCAUGCUGCCUUUUCCCCUUUGUGCCUUUUGUCUGAGCGGCUUUCGAACCCAGUGCUGAUUCUCUCCCCCUAUCUCCUUCCCCGCAGUAAGCAGCGGCACAACAAGCUGUGGCGCUCGCACUCCGACAGCGACCUCUCCGACCACCACGAGCCCAUGGGCAAGUCCGGGAUGGAGGUGAGCAAGAAGGAGAUCACCACGUCGGCGGACCAGAUCUCGGAGAGCAAGACCUCCUGCGGCCACCACCACGUGCCCAUGUCUCCUGGGCCCAUGACCACCGGUCCGCACACGGAACAUUUGUGCCAUCUGGGCGCCGAUGCCGCCGGGAACUUGUGCAGCAUCGAGCGGGUGGUGCAGCUGGAGAUCACCACGAGAGACUUCAAUACUGAGCAGAUGGAGGACAAGCUGAACUUGAACAACAUCAACGGGUGCUCCUCCGGCUGCUGCUUGGACGACUCAAAGUUCCCCCUGGAUAAUUGCAAUGCCUCGGAUGCCCUGCUGCAGCAGCGAGAGGCCUUGGGGGCAGCGGCAGAGUUCCCGGACUUGGCAGUGGACGACUUGGAGAAGGACGCCCUCAAGCAAGGAGACGGGAACAUCCACCUGGUGCCCAUGGAAGAGCUGGAGUCUUGCUUGCAGGAUGUCUCCAACCACAACUCGCCCAGCCCCCCUCCUGUGACCUCCUUGCCGGAGGACUUUGGCGCCGACCGGAUCGACUUCUUCAGCGCCUUGGAGAAGUUUGUGGAGCUCUCUCAGGACAGCCGGCCACGGACUUGUUCCCACUCCAGGACGGAGGAUCAGGGGGGCGGGAGGAACGGUCUCUCCAAAGUGUCGGGGCUGGAGCUGUCGCCCUCCAACCCCACAGAAGAUGCUCAAGGAAGCAACUCCUCAGACAACUCACCGCAGCCGUCCGAGGGGUCCUCGGUGGAGGAGGAGCGGCUGAAGCUCUCUGAACCGAGCCGUUCAGGCAGCCUGACUCGUUCUCACUCUGAAAACGCCAUCUCUGUGAAAGACAUCAUCACCGAGAUCGAAUCGAUCCGCCAGGGGGCAGGGCAGGGACAGGCGAAGACGGACGCCUUGAACAAUCCAGUCCUGGUGUCGAAGAGAAACACGGUCCAUGAGCUCCCUGCCGAGUCAGCCUGGGAAAGCAAGCCUCGAAAAGCCGAGCCGGGCGAAGGCAGUGGCUCGGUCCUGAAGGAGGCGGCUAGCGAGCCUUCGAAACCGGAACGAGAAGCCGCUUCAGCCCAGCCGGUGCCUUCUUGUAAGCUGGAUGUAGAAGACGGCGGCAACUCGGGAGAAGACUCUGCGGAGGGCCUUUCGAACCCUGGGCCCAAAUGGUGUCCUGGAUCGGUACGGCGUGCCACCCUGGAGUUUGAGGAGCGCCUGCGGCAAGAGCAGGAGCUGCAACACUCUACACCUGUGGUCCUGCUACCCAUCCGGAAGAACUCCAGGAUCGAAUCCUCAGCGGUGGCUGACCCCGCGGCGAAGGGGAAGCCCGAAGAGCCAUCUCACGAGCCGGCCCAGUUGUCUGGGGAGAAGGUAGCCUCAAGAGCUGGGGGCGCAGAGACUGGGGCUGGUUUGGAACAGCCCCCCGAAAUGCCACCGGCGUCUUCUCCCCCACGAGAUGGCCUGUUGGGAGAGCUGGAGGGGUUGGCCAGAGAGCACCGCUUGGUGGUUUCUCUGGAAAUCCCGGACAGCCUCCCUGCCCCUGGCCUUCUGCUUCCGAAAAGGAUUGAAAUUAUAGAGUACACCCACGCGGUCAGGUUGCCCAGCCCCACUGGGCUGGAAAGGGGCCACACGCGAGAUGACUCGGAGGAAACCAAGGUGGCCACCACCUCGUUGGCGGUGGACGAAAACUGCAACGCUGCUUUGUGUUCCCAGAAUCCCCCGGGAGCCUUGCCCAAGCCGGGGCCUUCCGAGCCAGAGAGCAAGGACUUUAAGAAGGCCAUUUUUACCUUGGGAAGCCCUGGGGAAGAUGCUGUCAGAGGGCCGGCCGACAUGCGCACCUCUCCUGCGAGUCGGGCAAGGUGCCCCCCUCCGCCGCCCUCCAGUCGCCAGCCCUUCGUCUGCUUGCAGGGGGUCACUCAGGACAGCACAAGCACCGACCCUGAGCCAGCCCCUCUGGGGGGAUAUGCUGGCAACGGACAGUUUGCCUUUGAGGAGAGGGGAGGUGCUCUGCGCCGGAGGAGCGAGAGCGCUUUGACACACUGGAGCCCAGAGGACUAUGACCUACGCGCUCGUAAGGUGGGCAUGGGUGCCAACACUGUGGGGGCUGCUGCCCCACCUCUCCUUCGCUGCGGCCUUCCUCACAGCUCCAGCAGUGACAACAUCAGAGACCUGAGGGGGGACACCGUGAGGCAGUGGGCAAAGGACCUUGAGGCCCGGGUCCAGCAGGCAGGCCUCACGCUCCCUUCUCAGAUGAAGCGCUCAGCGUCCCUGGCAAAGCUGGGCGGCCUGAACUUGUCAAAAGACGACUUGCCCUCGGGGAACCCCUUCCCUUCCAGCGCCAGGCCAGCCGCUCUGGAAUCACUCCGGGGCUCCUCCGGCUGCGGGGAAGCACUCUCGCAGGGCGGCCUAGCUUUGCCAACGCCAGAACCUGCCCCGUCGUCGUUGCCCGCCCCCCAGCCCACAGCGCAUUUUGUCGAGCAGCUCAAGAUGGCGGCCGAGUCCAUCGCCCUCAGCAGCCCCGUGGAGAGGCCUCUGGCGCAGUAUGCCAAAGAGUUCAGCCUAACCCAGCAGCUUCCGGGUGCGAAAUUGACUAGCCCCCCAGAGGCCCCGCUGCCAGGGCUGGCGACGACGCCCCACCCGCCCCACUGGUUGGCUGUGCUCCCCCGGCCCCAGCAUGGUAGAACUCGACCGCCCAGAAGGCUGAGAAAGACAAAUGACAGGAAACGAACCACCAACCCGUUGUACAACACCAUGUGAACUCCAGCCCUCUCUCUCCCCCCUCUCCUCCCCCCACAACAACUUGACUUAUUUUGCAACACCCUCGUCGUGUUUUCUCCAAAUGGGGCAGAUGUAAUAUAUAUUGAAACAUGCACUUUAUUGGUUUAAUUUUUAUAUGUUCGUUAUUUUUACUGUUUCUGUUGCAUGUGGGUUUUGAGGUGGCUGGUUUUCAUGGUUCUCCCCAUCCCACCCCCUGUGCAAAUGACUGCAAGAUCACAAUUUCCCCCCUUAAUUUAAAAAAAAAAUGUUUUAAACCCUUAACGAACCUCAACACUUAAUUAUUUUUUUGGUCUUAAAAGAACACCCCUCCUUUAAAACAAAAGAGAGAAGGGAAGAAAAAUAUUUAAAUGCUCUCUUUCAUUGGGCCAAAAGAAAGAUGCGCUUUUAUUGUUUUAAAAGAAUUACGGAUUUUGUGGGAGAUGGGGUUGCAGAAGGAAGAAAGGAAGACAGGAGGGAAAGAAAGACCAUUGGGAGGGAAAGGAAGACCAUUGGGAGUGAGGGGUGUUCUCUUAAAACAAACUUCAUUCUUUUUUAGGGGUUUAACCCUUUCAUUACUUGAAUAAAGCUGUGGGCCUUUUCAAGAAUAUGGCCAUAUCAUCUGUUUCCUUUCUCCUCUUCCACCCCAGCCCCCCUUCUUGGUUCCCCUUCCUCCUCCUUCCCCAGUCCUGAAAUUGCCUAGCCUUUUCUCCCUGCUCUGUCUGAUACAAUCCAGAAGCUGACUAGUUUAUACAAAUAUAUACCCCCACCCUUUGUGUUCUUCUCCAUCAUUCCCUGACGCUUCUUGCAGAAAGGCUUGUGUCUCUUACAUUGUACAUAACAGUGCUCAUGUAGAUAAAUCAUGGGGUGGGGCAGCGGCAUCUUUUCGUUUUGGUCCCAGAGGAAAGGGGCGAUGAGGCAUCUCUUCUGCAAACUGGAAAACAGAUUUGCCUAUUUAACAUCGUUUUCUCUGCGGUUAACCAGUGGCAAAUCUGCAGACACUUUCUGGAACGGGCUUAACUCCUUUUCCCUUUUCUCUGACACUUGCCUCUCUUCCGUUAUUUCUUUCUUUAAAAGGUGAUUAUUUCUGUCAGCUUGUGCCAAAUGUAUGCAUGUUUCUCUCUCUCUGAAAAGCAAAGAAAACCUUCAGCUUGCAUGAUCCUCUUGUUCCCAAUGCGUUGUCUACAAGGCACAACUGUCCGGUGUUUUAGCAAGGACAUCUGUUGGCACUGCGCGCCAAUGCACUCCCCGUCUUGUGCACACGUGUGCCGUUACGUUAUAUUUUUUCUGGAGAUCAGGGUUUCGGGUUUUUUAAAUGUCCUCAAUAACACGCCCCAGUUGUGCCGAGUUCUGUGCUGCGCCAAGACCUUGUGUGUCAAACUGUGGUCCCAAACUAGCGUCUCUAAAUUUCCAUGUUUUUAUGGAGAAGUCAUUUGACACCUCCCAUCUUCUGAUGCACCCAGGAAUCUUUGCAGGAAUAGAAUAAUAACCCUGCUUCCUAAUGAGAAAGAAGUAGGCCGUUUUAACACCUUCUCUUAGGAGAACAGCUGCCAGGCAGGCUGGCGAAUGCUGCAGUAUAGGAGAAUAUCAUGAAAAGAUAUAUUUUUUUGGGGGGGGGUGCUUUUCCUGCAGGUAAGAGAGAAAGGAGACCCCUAAAACUAGCCGGGGGAACUUGUUGCCAGUCAAAUAUCCCUUCCAAAGUGGAAAGUGGCUGCUAUCAUCACUGCAUGUUGACAUUUGCCUUGAUUCUUUUUUAAAGCCUCAGCAAAGAUGGAUGCUUCUCAAAUGUGAGAGAAUCGUCUGUGACUAAAUUCCAGGCAGAUUUACUUUAUUUUUUUCAGACCUCACAGGGGUGUUGAGGAGUGUGUGUGUGCCUGCCUCCCUCUUAGACUUCCUCUUCCUCGUCCCCUUUCCCCACUGCAGGUCCAGGCCUCUUGUGAACUUUGCAAAACGGAGGGUUCUGUAAGCGUAAGAUGUUUUGCCCUGAUCUUUUGCUGAGCAAUUCUCCCGGAAAUCGGGAUUUUGCGAAGUGUCUUUCUGAUGACUUCUCUGCCAGAGCCCCAAGUCGGACUAGGAGCUAUUUUACCUUCCAUUGCUUUCAGAAUCCAGGGUUGGCAUUGAGGCCUCUUCCGGAAGCCAAAUCUGUGCCUUCUAUCUCAUCUCUGCCAGGGGUUUUGCUGUUGUUGUUGGGGGGUAUCCCCCCAUCUCUGUCCCCCUCUUAAUAUUAAACCCCUGCUCUUCAACUUUGCACUCCGUGACCGAUCCCAAACUGCCACGUUUAUCAAAACUGGAUUGCUGAAAUGAAUCGUAGCUGUUGGCGAGUUUUGUUCUUCUGUAUGCAGAUCUGCUUGUGGGAAGAAAAAUAACUAUACCAUUGGUUCAAAGCAUGGCUGUUUGUUUGUUUCUCUGUUUUAGAAGAAAAAGGGCAUUUUCAUUCUUACUCCAAUGUAUAAAGUUGUUGUUUUCUUUCAGGGCGUCUUCCCCUCUUUCUCCCCCCCCCCAUUUUUUCGGGGGGGGGGGUUGCCCUGUGAAUGUCAAAAAUGUUCAGCAUCAUCUCAGCAGCAACUCUCCCCUCUCCCAGUUUCCAGCUCUUUGACCUAGCUGUCUACUGUGAGCUUUUGUUGAGCCUUGCACAAAGAGAGGGGUGUGGAGAUCUGGGUGGGUGUUUCUGUGAGUGUGAGUGUGUGUGUGUGUGUGUGUGUGUGUUUUGAGUCCUUGCUGAUUCUGUAUGUGGACAAAACAGAUCUAUAUAAAUAUAUAUAAUAUUUUCUGUACCAUGCCUUCAGCUGAGUCUUUAGCCCCCUCCCCGUAUCUCCCAGUGUCAGCUGGCUCUCUCUUUCUCUCUCUCUGUGUGUGUGUGUGUCAAACCCACCUGGCUUGUAAGAGAAUGAUUUCACCCUAAACCGCAAAACUGGCAAACCACCACUCCUUUUGUUUAUUUUCUUUAAAUUGGCAGGAUGGGAGUUCUGUCUUCCUUUGAUGCCUCUCCCCUUUCUGGGGGCUUUGCUUUUUCCUCCCCCUUCUGCCCCCCAACCAACCAAACUCAGCCUUGGAUGGAUCUCUCCCCCAUCCACAAAAAGUUGCCAUCUCGACACGCUUGUCCAGAGCCAAAGGGCUAAAGCUGGGGGAAAUCACUCUGCUUAACUCUCCAAGUCGCCAUUAGAUGCCCCCUUUGGAGUGAUGCUACUCCCCCCCCCAAAUGGCUUGUGUUGGGGAAUAUCCCUUCAAACCUCAAAGGAGGCCACCAAACAGGGGAGACCCCCCACACACACACCUGCCGCUUUCUUGAUUUCCCAGCCCAGGUUAAACUCUGGCUGUUGAAAUGGGCUGUGCCUACUGGAAUAGCAAGCCCUGUUGUGGAAUCCAAAUAUCCAUGUUUCGCACUGAUAGCAGGCCUUGGUGCCUUUUUUGGGGGGGGUGGGGGAGCUGUCUUUAAAGCUUUCUCAGCCACUUCCGGUCAUGAGUUUGGCAAGAGCGUUGUGGCCUCUUGUCUUGAUCCAUCUCUCGCUCUAAACACAGCCCUUUCCUACGGUGAUUGUGGCUGUGGGUCUCUUUCGCAAAUUUGGAGCCCUCCUGCAAUGUCUUGGGGAGAAACGCCUCCUUUUAUUGCUGGUCUUCUUUUCUUUUCUUUCUUUUUUACAUAUCCUCCCCCUGCCCCUUGACCUUUGCUCUCCACCCACCCAAGAGUGGCUUGUACCAUAGACUUUUGCCCGACAAAGGUGUUCGGCUGUUUUUAAAUGUGAACUACUGCGUUUUCAGGGUGCGGAUUCAACGUUCUUGUUACUGAAUAAAUUUUUAUUUUGAGAA